GAAAGAAUUUGAUCUUGUUUGUUUUUGCAAAAAAAAUUAAACAGUUAUUGCACUUUAUAAAAAUAAAAAGUUUCCUAACGAUUUUGUUCUGUUUUAUUCUUAUCUUCUUGCUUUUUAAUAUAUUAAAAAAAACUAUUUAACUUCCCACUGACAAUAUAAAACAAUAUUACAAGAAAACGUUUUCACAAUGGACGAAGAUUCACAAAUGUCACCAACAACACCAUCACCAUCACCACCACCACUACCACCAACUAAUCCACCUCUACCGACUUCUCCACCUGUACCAAUCACACCACCCCUACCACCAAUAUCGCCAUUCCAUGAAUUAUUCACAUUCGAAUGCCAAAAACGUCCCACAAAUAUUUGCAAAAAACUGCAAUCUUUUUAUCAAAAAGAUGAUUUCAUCGAUGUCAUUCUCAUUGCUGGCAAUGAUGAUGAUAAUUCCAUUAAUAUUCGAGCUCAUAAAAUCAUCCUCUCCGCAAUGAGUGAGUAUUUUUUCGAACAAUUUCGAAACUAUCCCAAAUCCAACAAUUCGAAAAUUAUCGAAUUGAAAUUAGAACAAAUCGAAUCGUCUACUCUCAAAUUAAUAAUCGAUUUUAUGUACUCUGGUACAAUUAAAUUAAAAAUCGAACAAAUCGAAACAAUUAUCCGCAGUGCAGUCUUUUUAAAAAUGACAGACUUACUCAACGGAUGUUGUGAUUUUAUUGACAAAAAUCUCAAAAGCUCCGAUUGCUUACAUUGGCUACGUUUAGCCAAAGAACUCAACUUAAUUGGGCUCAAAGAAAAGUCUUCCAAUUUUAUUUAUGCCAACUUUGUUGAGGUAAUUAAGCAAUCACAAUUUUUGCUACUCAAAAAAGUCGAACUUCAAGAAGUUCUUUUUAAUGAAAAUCCCCAUGGACACUUGGAAGAGCAAGUGUUUCAAGGUUUGGUGGCAUGGAUAAGCCACAAAAGAGAUAAUAGACAACAUUUUCUCUCCGAAUUACUGUCAAUGGUUCGUUAUCAGUUUUUAACUCCAAAAUUUAUCAUUGAAAAUAGAUCGUCUGUUUGUAAAACAGUUGACGAUUGUGAAUUGCUACAUCGUUGGUUACAAUAUCAUUUAUCGCCAGAAUCACGAACAAUUGAACAGCAAAAUUUCACACUGCCAAUUAAAAUCAAGAAAGAAAUUGAUAAAAUUGGAGUAAUUUACUUAAAUGAUAAAAUGGAAGUUGAAAUGCGAUACUAUAAUCAAUCGUUGGAAACUUGGACUUUUGAAAAACGAUCAUUGCCACUUUGUCGCCAUAAAUGGCAAUAUUCGAUGAUUGUUAUGUUGGGGAAAUUAUUUAUUGUUGGAGGUAUAACGAAUAAGAUGACAACCAAUACUGUUGAAUGUUUGGACUUGAAGACAUUCAAGUGGGCGAUGUUGCCUCAGAUGAGAGUUGCAAGGUGUAAUAGUCAGUUGGCCAAUUUGAAUGGAAAUUUGUGUGUGUUUGGAGGAUUUGGAGAUGCUGAAGGUAGAAUCUUUGUUGAUUCAUUGGAAUUUUUAAAUUUCCAAACAAUGAAAUGGAAUGAUCUACAGCCACUAUCCAAGCCUAGCACACGAAGUAAAAUAAUUGGACAUCAUGGAAUUUUAUAUAUUUUAGAUGUUUAUUAUGGAUUGUUGCAAUGUUUUGAUGUCGCUGCUAAUCAAUGGACUUCACAGGAUCAACCAAUCGAUGAGAAUACAUGGGAUUUUCUUAUUGCUCCUGCUGAUAAUUAUCUAUAUGCGAUAUUUAAUGAUAUGGAGGGAUGUUCAGUUAUUAAACGUUACGAUUUAUCCAGUCACACUUGGUCGAAGCUGACAGAAACUUCAGAAUUGUCAUUGGUGAAGACGGUCACAGUUAUAAAAAAUAAAAUUUUAUUUCUUAAAGGUUAUUCAGAUAUUGUAGAGUAUAAUCUUACAACUAAUGAAUUUACUAAUAUCAAAACACCGGGUUAUUGUUCUAGAGCUAGUAUUUUUCCAGUUUAGUUAUAUUUAAUGGUAUUAAUGUUUUUUGGUUCAACGAGGAAGUUUUUUUUUUUAUUUUAUGUACUUUUUUUUUUAUUG